CCAGGAGGGCAGUGCAGGCAGCUCCACUCACCAGCCCCUCUGUGGGAAGGAACUCUUCCCUCGCCAUGGCUUCCUUGGGGCAGAUCAUCUUCUGGAGUGUUAUUAACAUCAUCAUUAUCCUGGCUGGAGCAAUUGCACUCAUCAUUGGCUUUGGUAUUUCAGGCAAACACUUCAUCACAGUCAGGACGUUCACCUCGGCUGGAAACAUUGGAGAGGAUGGCAUCCUGAGCUGCACUUUUGAACCCGACAUCAAGCUCAAUGGCAUCGUCAUCCAGUGGCUGAAAGAAGGGACCACAGGUUUCGUCCACGAGUUCAAAGGUGGCAAAGACGAUUUCUCUCAACAGCAUGACAUGUUCAGAGGCCGGACUGCAGUGUUUGCUGAUCAAGUGGUGGUUGGCAAUGCUUCCCUGAGGCUGAAAAACGUGCAGCUCACAGAUGCUGGCACCUACACGUGUCACAUCCACACCUCAAAAGGCAAGGGGAAUGCAAACCUUGAGUAUAAGACUGGAGCCUUCAGUGUGCCAGAGAUAAACGUGGACUAUAAUGCCAGUUCAGAGAGUUUGCGCUGUGAGGCUCCUCGUUGGUUCCCCCAGCCCACGGUGGCCUGGGCAUCUCAAAUUGACCAAGGAGCCAACUUCUCAGAAGUCUCCAACACCAGCUUUGAGUUGAACUCUGAGAAUGUGACCAUGAAGGUUGUGUCUGUACUCUACAACGUCACAAUCAACAACACAUACUCCUGUAUGAUCCAGAACAGCAUUGCCAAAGCCACAGGGGACAUCAAAGUGACAGAUUCGGAGGUCAAAAGGCGGAGUCAGCUGCAGCUGCUGAACUCAGGGCCUCCCCCAUGUGUUGCUUCCAUCCUUUUGGUCGUCUGGGCACUCCUGUCUCUCUCCGCUUACCUGAUGCUAAGAUGAGGGGCCGUGGCCACACCAGAGCAGGCUAAGUUACUGGUACAGCAGAAUCCCAGGAAUCUACAGAAAUGUUCUCCACAACAUAUGACCUACUUUUGUAUUUCUGGGAGAAAAUGAAUUCGUGUCUAGAAGUCUGGAGUGAACAGACAGGAAUAAGAUGCAAGAAAGAAAACAAAAGUAACCCACAGACACCUCCAGUAGGAACAAGAUGGACCUUGAAAAUAAUUCAACGGAACUAGAGUGUAGUAAGAGUGCUAUUACAAUGUGUGUAGGGUGGGUUUUUCCCAUGUCUCAGGGACCUCCCCUUACCCACCAUCUCCGGGGGAGUGAGAGGAUGGGCUAUUCUAAUGUUGCUCUGAAGGUUCCUGGAUAGUUUUGAUCGCCAUAUACUCGUUUUGUAUUCAGCACAUUAAACAUAGUGUACACUGUGAAAAGCAGCUAAUCAGCCGCCACUUCACAACUGAGAGGUGGCAGCAUUUGAGUGACAAGCCCAGUGAUUCACUUCUCAUUAGGAUGCUUUCAAAAGUGCUUUGGCUUCUCCUCCCACCUGACAAAUGCCAAAGAUGUAGGGAGGGUGAUCAUAAUUGCAGAGCAAACAAAAUAGUUAACUGAUGCUGAUUUUCCAAAUAAUCUGAAUAACUUCCCUCUUGCAAACAAAUGCAACUUAUUUCUCAGAUGAUGUUGAUUUGUGAAUGGCCCAUGAUAGAUGCUGGCCUCAUCCUGCUAUGUGGCCUUAUGUCACCAUAAGGUUUGAAGUUUCUACUUUCUAUCCUGCAGGGAUAGCUGUGACCUCAGUUUCCAACCUCUACAUCACAGGGAGUAAAGUGGAGUGGUUUUCCCCUUUUUAUCUUGCAUAUGACAUUUGGCAAUGUAGAGAGACUAAUUGUCACAGCUAAAGGAAGAAGGAGAGCAGAGUUACUGGUGUCUAGAGGAAAAAGCUCAGAUUAUGUUCAACAUUUUGCAAUAGACAGGACAUAUCCCACUGACAAAGAACUUGUCCAAUUCCAAAUGUCAACCACAUCAAGGUUAGGAAACCCUGAGUUGGGAUAGAAAAUAUCCAGAAAAAGGUGAGUACAAGCAAGUCCAUUUGCUUCCUGAGAGUGGGCACCGACUUCUGUCUCUGGCUACUGUUAAGAGAGCCAGAUCUCCACAUUGUGUGACAUCCUUCAGUGAACAGUUGGCAAGUGACAUGGGAAAUUCUCCAUGGCAUUAUCUUCUGCUCGAUGUACUGCUACAGCCCUCUCCAUCCAUCCUGUGACACACAGAAAGUAUGGUUUAAACGCUGCCGGAUUUCCAUUUCAAAUAUUCUAGUUCUGGGUUUUAGAUCUCAAGACUGGGUCUGGACAAAACACAGGUUAAGGCAACAAAAGUGGAUCUUCCUUGAAACACACAGAGACUUCUGUGUUUGGGAGUUCUGUUUGUUUCUAGGGUGCUGGAGAUCAAACCACUGAGCUACAUCCCAGCCCACACAGACUUCUAAAAGAAAAUAGGGCAAUGAUCUUUGAAAUGAAGACUUGAGGAAUGAAUCUUAUACGGACAGAGAAAACUUUUCACCAAAUCCUUCCCCGUGCUCAUGUGUUAAUCACUGUCUCCCUGGACUUUGGAUCACGAUGUCUGCAUUAUAUUUUGUUACAGAAGGGUUGAGACCAUUCGAAAGAAUUAUUAAAUAUGCAUUCCCUA